CCAGCCAGCCAAUUCAUCCUCACUGACAAGCGUUUGACAGGCGUUCACCAACACCCGCCCAUCGGGAGUAUGGAGAGUUCAAAGGUGGCGUCUGGCCCUGGAUCGUCUGGGCCAAUCAGCCCCGGAUCGCGGGAUGCAACGUUGGUGAUUUGAGUCCCGCAUGCAGCAAAUCCGCGCUCGGUCCUGCCUACCUCGUCGACGUGCAGCACCACUUCGCGGGAAAAGAUGCUCUCUGAGCCUCUGCCCGCCCGCCACCGCGUCCAUGCUCGGGGUUUGACUUUGAUCCUUGCAGGCCGCUCCAGCUUGACCCCAUCGACGCCUGUACCCCGGAGAGAUGUUGCAACCACGCGUACCGGAGUGGCCUGCGAUGAUCGCAAAUACUUCUCUUUUGUUUCUCCUUCCUUUCACUUCGUCACUCACUCUCUCUCCUCGCACGGUUUAUCCCUUCCUUUUCCUUUCCAUCUCUUUCGCGCGUCAUCUGGCGUGCUCUAAAGCCGCACGACUUCCACCGCGCCUUGCCGCCGCCUCGCGUUGCACGAAACCACCGGCAUCCUAUUUUCAGCGCGCGACCAGCACACGACACUCUGCCUCGGCCAGAAAUCACCGGUGCGACCACUCUUCGCUCUCCACGUGUCACUGCGGCCUAUUGAGCAACUGCACACGACCGACGACUGGGGUCGGGCGCGCCGCUAUUAGACGUCGACCUGAACGCCACCGUGGCUGUGCACUGCCCUACUGUAUGCAUGAGCGCAUACCUACAGACACCUACAUGAGCGGUUGCAGGCACUGAUUCAAAUCGCGCCACUCUCGACUAAGAGAUCAUCCGUCUCUCGUAAUUAAUGCCCUACCCUCGACCACGAUCUCGAUGA